AUGUCGAUCCACGUCCCACUCCCACUCCCAACUCAACCUGAGGCUUCGCCCCCUCCAGCUCUUUCCGAAAAGGAACAGACUUUAUACGACCUUGUCCUUGAACACUUCUCUGCCGCAGGAUAUACACUUCCAGAUGUCGCCCAGGAGAAGGCUGCACUGACAAUGGAUGAAAAGUUUUGGCUGUCGUAUGAAUGUCUUCUGAGAUAUCUACGGGCUACAAAGUGGGAUGCGGAUGAGGCUAUCAAACGCUUGGAAGACACGCUCAAGUGGAGACGUGAAUUCGGGAUUUACGACCAGAUUACUCCCGAACACGUCGAACCAGAGGCAACGACUGGCAAAGAAUUCAUCUUUGGCUACGAUACUCAUGGUCGACCUGCUCUCUAUAUGUGCCCCUCAAAGCAGAAUACUGAGGAGUCACCCCGUCAAAUCCAUUAUACUUUCUGGAUGCUCGAACGCGCCAUCGACCUUAUGGGUCCAGGUGUCGAGACCCUUGCGUUGAUGAUAGAUUAUGCAGACAAAGCCAAAAACCCAUCAAUCAGCACGGCCCGUACAGUGCUCAAUAUUCUCCAGACACACUAUCCAGAACGCCUCGGCCUCGCGCUAAUUGCACAUCUUCCGUGGCUUUUGCACGCAUUCUAUAAACUAAUCACGCCGUUCAUUGAUCCCCUCACUCGACUGAAAAUGGUCUUCAACCCUGUCAUCAACGAAAAUGGUCUUUUUCGGACGGCUAUGGACGCUGAAGCCUGGAAUGCCGGCAGUGUAUCACGGGUAUUCGAGCCGGAGCAGCUUGUGCAAGAGAGUUGGAAUGGCACCCAGCCGUUUAAGUAUUCCCAUGCCGUGUAUUGGGAAGCGCUUGUGAAGCUAUGCGCUGAGAGGCGGUCUCUGAUGGUCGCGGCGUGGCAUCGCAUUGGAGGGAAGGUUGGUACUAAGGAGUGGGAAGUGAAGGUUGCUGUCAGGGACAAGACGAUGAACGCGCAGGUGGAUGCGGAGAAGACAGAUAAUGACCAGCUUCAGUCAUGA